GUGUCAUCCGGGUCCUCUCUCUAGCAGUUCCUCUAACAUGACACAUACGACUUAGAAAAUAGAUUGAGUAGGGUGGUUGUGAGCUGUCUUAACACACCCCGUAAACGUAGUGUCUGUGCGACUAGAUUAGUUUUAUUUUCUGGAAGCGGACAUGGACACGAACGCGGUGGUUAAAGUCGGCGCGAUGGCGAGCGCCACAGUGUGCGCGCUUUUCGGCGGUGUGGUGUUCGCUCAGUACAUUUUCACCAAAAAACAGAGAGCAGGGAAGAAAACCAAGAUAAUCGAAAUGAUGCCAGAGUUCGAGAAAAACACCGUUCACAUCAGAGACCCUGAGAGGGUGGAGCAGAUUAUCUGUGGUCUCAUUAAAGGUGGAGCUUCCAAACUGCAGAUCAUCACAGAUUUUGAUAUGACGUUAAGCAGAUUUGCUGUCAAUGGAAAGCGUUGUCCAUCAUGUCAUAAUAUUAUUGACAACUCAAAACUGGUGACAGACGAUUGUAGGAAGAAGCUGGUCCACCUAAAGGAAACGUAUUAUCCUAUAGAGAUAGACCCUCAUUUGACAAUAGAGGAGAAAUAUCCAUUUAUGGUGGAGUGGUAUUUCAAGUCUCACACAUUAUUGGUUGAACAGAGAUUGGAAAAAGACAAACUUCCAGAGGCCGUCAGAGAGUCAGACGUCAGUCUAAGGGAAGGUUACGAGCAGUUCUUUGACCGGCUGCACCAGCACACCGUUCCUGUGUUCAUUUUUUCGGCGGGACUGGGAGAUGUGCUGGAAGAGAUCAUCAGACAGGCUGGCGUCUACCACCCCAACGUCAAAGUUGUGUCCAACUUCAUGGACUUUGAUGACAAUGGGGUUCUGAAAGGCUUUAAAGGAGAGCUGAUCCAUGUUUACAACAAGCAUGACGGUGCUUUAAGGAACACAGAGUACUUCAAACAGCUGAAGGACAAUGGAAACAUUAUUCUACUAGGAGACUCCCUCGGGGAUCUCACCAUGGCAGAUGGUGUCCCCAACGUGGAGAACAUCCUCAAGAUUGGCUAUCUCAAUGAUAAGGUUGAGGAACUAUUAGAAAAGUACAUGGACUCUUACGAUAUUGUCCUGGCGAGGGAUGAAACACUUGAAGUGCCUAAUUCCAUUCUGCAGAAGAUCUUAUAAUCGACACCACAGAACACAGCCUGCUCAGAAAAGACUCGUAUUCGAAGAUAUUCGGAAAAUUCCAACACACUGAGACCGGCCUUCAUAUUUCCACAUGCCUCACAAGACAUACACACUCUGCACCCCUUUUAAAAGUUAUUUCCUCUCGAGAUAAUGAUCUAUUUUAAUAAACACCUACAUAUGGAUUUUCGAUAUAAACAAAUUUCAAAAGAAAAAAAUGCAUCCCAUCGUUUGCAGAUUGGUACAAAUUAUUGUUUGUAGUAUUUUUGAUAUGGGAACCUGUGUAUUCAUUGUUUGCAAUAAACAUCGGGACUGUGAACUGUACCAAAGUGACACCUCGCAUUCAUGAGUCAUGAAUGUGCACUUUUAAAUUUGGAAGAUCUAUCACAAUUCUUGUGGAAACUUUGUAUCUCAUAUGAGUACGCAGGCUGCAUGCACAGAUCCAAAUGCUGUAAAUUAUUGCUUUUUAAAAACAGCCAUGAUGUAUUGUAAACGUUGUCCUGUGUGAAUGUUUUAGCAUAAUGCUCAUAGUUUGUGUUAUUUGCACCUUUCGUUCACCUGCGACGUAGGCAAUUAAACUUCGUUUUUUUUCCCUCCAGAAUGUUUAAUUCAAUUAGAUUAGAAUGUGGAAAAAAGAUCUUUUUUUGUGUAUAGAUUGUAUUGCUGCACAAUUUUAACACAAAAUUAUUGAAAUGUUGGUAUAUGAAAUAUACACUCACCGGCCAAUUUAUUAGGUACACCUGUCUAACUGCUCGUUAACACAUUUCUAAUCAGCCAAUCACAUGGCAGCAACUCAAUGCAUUUAGGCAUGUAGACAUGGUCAAGACGAUCUGCUGCAGUUCAAACCGAGCGUCAGAAUGGAGAAGAAAGGUGAUUUAAGUGACUUUGAAUGUGGCAUGGUUGUUGGUGCCAGACGGGCUGGUCUGAGUAGUUCAGAAACUGCUGAUCUACUGGGAUUAUCACGCACAACUAUCUGUAGGGUUUGCAGAGAAUGGUCCGACAAAGUGAAAAUAUCCAGUGAGCGGCAGUUUUGUGGGCACAAAUGCCUUGUUGAUGCCUGAGGUCAGAGGAGAAUGGCCAGACUGGUUCCAGCUGAUAGAAAGGCAACAGUAACUCAAAUAACUGCUCGUUACAACCGAGGUAUGCAGAAGAGCAUCUCUGAAUGCACAACACGUCCAAACUUGAGGCGGAUGGGCUACAGCAGCAGAAGACCACACCAGUGACACUCCUGUCAGCUAAGAACACGAAUCUGAGGCUACAAUUUCCACAGGCUCACCAAAAUUGGACAAUAGAAGAUUGGAAAAAAGUUGCCUGGUCUGAUGAGUCUUGGUUUCUGCUGCCACAUUCAGAUGGUAGGGUCAGAGUUUGGCGUCAACAACAUGAAAGCAUGGAUCCAUCCUGCCUUGUAUCAAUGGUUCAGGCUGUAGGUGGUGUAAUGGUGUGGGGUAUAUUUUCCUGCCACACUUUGGGCCUAUUAGUACCAAAUGAUCAUUGUGUCAAUGCCACAGCCUACCUAUUGCUGCUGACUAUGUCCAUCUCUUUAUGACCACAGUGGACCCAUCUUCUGAUGGCUACUUCCAGCAGGAUAAGGCACCAUGUAAUAAAGCGUGAAUCAUCUCAGAACAUGACAAUGAGUUCACUGUGCUCAAGUGGCCUCCACAGUCACCAGAGCUCAAUUCAAUAGACCACCUUUGGGAUGUGAUGGAACAAGACAUUCGCGUCAUGGAUGUGGAGCCGACAAAUCUGCAGCAACUGUGGGAAGCUAUCAUGUCAAUAUGAACCAAAAUCUUAAACCAUGAUGGAUUAAGGUAGUUCUGAAGUCAAAAGGGGGGUCCAACCUGGUACUAGUAAGGUGUACCUAAUAAAGUGGCCGGUGAGCGUACAUAUCACAGACAUUGAUUUUAUGCAUUUACUUAAAUUUGAUCAGAUGGGGCCUUACUAGCUUUAACCCCACCCACCUUCACAAUAGUUACUGUUCUGCUAUUGGCUGGAGCAGCCCAAAGGUGAACCCAGAGCUGAAAAUAAACACUAACGGAGAGAGUCAAUCAGAGUCAGUAUAUCUGCUGUGGUUUAACUUAUUCAUAGCGUUUUAACUGUCCACAUUGAUGCAAAAUAAAUUUUACCAGUUUUCAUUAAUAUGAAAAGUUAUUUAAAA